CAUCUCGACUCCCUCCCUCCUCUCAUCUCGACUCCCUCUUCUCAGUGGCAAGAUACUUUAGGGUUUUAAUUUCAUUUCCGGAUUGGUCUGAUCAAGAGAGUAACCUCGGAAGCUUACCGUUUUAAUCUAUGAAUUCUCCUGCACUAAUUCAGUGAAGUUUUCUUUGUGAAAGGUGGUCAGCGACUAACUUGUUUAGAUUCCUGUGUUCGAUCAAAUACAGCAAGCAUGGAGUUUGAUCAACACGAUGAGAGUGAAGAAGAUCUUGAGACAAUACUGGGCCUGAAAGGUGGUCGGCGACUAACUUGCUUAGAUUCCCGUGUUCUAUCAAAUACAGCAAGCAUGGAGUUUGAGCAACACGAUGAGAGUGAAGAAGAUCUUGAGACAAUUCUGGGCCCAAGCAUGGAGGUUGAGCAACCAGUCAUGCACGAUGAGGGUGAAGAAGAUCUUGAGACAAUACUUGGCUUUGAUACCACAUCGAAGCGUCGAGGUCCUACAACCAUGUCAAAGCUUUUCAAAAGCAGCAAAGGGUUAGAAAAGGUGGUUGAGUACAACGAGCUUGGCCAGCCAGUAGGACUUGUUGCUUCUCAGUUGUCCAGCUUUCUGGGAGUCUUGGCACGAUACAUGGUUCCAAUCAUUUAUGAGAAAUGGACUAAGGUUCCAAAGACUUUGAAAGAUAAGAUCUCGUGUUGCUUAGAGGGGAAGUUUGUUCUGCACCCCAACAGCAAGAAAAAUAUGAUAUAAAAUGUAGGAGCAUCAUGGAGAUCUUUUAAAAGCAGGCUGACAAGGAAAUACAUAAUGCCAUUCAAAGACCAGGCAGAUAUCCUUGUUCAUCCACCAGCAAUGUACAAGUUUAUUAAACAAAGGCAUUGGGAGGCUUUUGUGAAGUCGAGAUUGAGUACAAAUUUCCAGGUUUUCCGCGAAAUCCUAUCAACAAAGCGGAAGCAAAAUAUAUAUCCUCAUAGGUUAAGCCGACAAGGAUAUGCGGGACUUGUGGAGCAAUUGAAACAAAAAGAAGGGCUUUCUUUCAAUGAGCUGGACAGGAGUAUCUUAUGGAAGAAAGCUGGAGAAGAUAAAGGCGGGGUCAUUCCACAUGAUGCUACCAGAGAAUGAGCCAAGGCUAUUGAUAAGUUGGCCAAACAGGUGAAAGAAGGUUCCCUAGUCACAAGCGGUAGCGAUGAUAUCCUAACACUUGCUUUAGGGACUGCUGAACCUUCUGGAAAUGUUAGAGCCAUGGGCAAGUUUGUUUCACAAGGAUCUUACUUCCACAACGUGCGGCUAAGCAUACGUGAGGAAAGAGAGGCUAGAUUGAGGGUGGAAGCUGAACUUCAGAAACUGAACGAAAGAGUGGCUCGUGUACUAGAGCAAUUAGCUCUUGUGCUUCAAACACAAGUAAGAUAAGCUUUAACACCUUUAGUCUUCUUCUUAUUUUUGUUUGGUUGGCAGCAGAGAGGAUUCAUCACAAGCAUGGAAGCUACCUCACAGCAUUCUGCAUUUUGGCCUAAAUAUGUACUGGUUUUUUGCUAAUAUUUUUAACCAGUUCUCCUCUGGUUUAGAAAAUCUUUUCCAUCAAUUAACAACUAACACAUCCAUUAUAUUCAGUGAUUAGUAUGGUAUGGCAGAAGUGGUUUAAUGGCAAUCCAAGUAUCUGAUCUCUGAUUUUCCAACUUUUGCUUUCUAAGUUUGUUCUUUCGGGAUGUAAGGAAUGUUAAUGUUACUCAAAACUGUAUGGCAGAUAAGUGUGCUAAAUAUGCUAGGAAGCAUAAUGUAACUCAAUGCUGCUAACCUUAGCCUCCUAAUUUUCUAGUUGGAAAACUCUCUUUGUAAACACUCCUCCUGUUUAUAGUCCCUUUUU